UCACUUCUCCUCGCCCUCGUCCACUUCUCCGGCCAAGCCGCUCACUUCCACCACUUCUCCUCGCCCUCGUCCACUGCUCUCGACCUCACGAGUCCUCACCAGAUCUGAAGCUCGUAGGCAGCAGGGCUCCCUAGACUGCAGCAUGGUGCUCGGCGGCUGCGGCAACGGAGCUGAUGGAGCACGAUCCGACCAGUUCAACGGAGGCAGUAGCACGGGGCAGCGGCAGCAGCAUGGAGGGCGUCCGCUUGACUGGGAAGAUGCGAUAGCGAAGAUAUUAGAUCCAAAGAGUGCUCUUUCAGCCAUUGAUGAAGUUAGUAAGUUUAGGGAGUGCCAAGGAAGGUUUGGAAUCAGAUUAGCACAAGAAGCUGCGGCGAGAAUGGAGCCAACCCAAUGGUGGUUUCAAUUUGGAGGGGAUGUUCCUGCAUUGCAGAAGUGUGCAAUGAGAAUUUGCUCACAAUGUGUCUCAUCUAGUGGGUAUGAGAGGAACUGGAGCGCCUUUGCUUUGGUGCACACAAAGCAAAGAAAUCGCCUUUUAUAUGACAAGCUCCACAAGCUAGUUUCUGUCCGCUACAACCUAAAGAUACGUGCUGAAGAAGAUCAAGAGAAAGAGAGAGAUAUAGAUAAAGAGGUUGAUCCAAGUGCAUUGCUGAUAGAUACAACAAUGUUCGAUGAGACAAAUCCAAUAAUGGAGUGGCUGAAUGAGGAUGAAGAGGAUCCAAUUUUGGAUGGAGCCGAUGCGGCCAGUGCUGUUUUUGAGAAAAUAAGGCGCCUCAACUCAAGCAGGAACAAUUCUUAUGUUCGUACAAAGGCUAAUAAGAAGAAAAGAAAGAGGAAUCAUGAUGAGGAGAAUGAGUAUGUCGAAACUGACAGUGAGGAUGACGACAACGAGAAUGAAUAUGUUGAUAAUGAGAGUGAGGAUGAUGAUGGGGUGAGUGAGGAUGAUGAGGAUGAUCAACAAGAUCAGCAAGAAACACAAAUGCAAGUGGAAGAAGAGACACAAGUACAAGUUGAAAAGGAGACACAAGCAAGCAUUGGCAAUUUGGAGACUCGUAGAUCUGGACGACUAGUUAGGAAGAAGACCAAGGAAAUCAACAGCCUCUACUCGUAGAUUUGCUGGAGCUUGGAGAAUGAUGCUAGUUGGAGGCUUGGAGCAUGGAAGCUGGAGCUAGUGAUGAUUUCUUUUGGAGUUGUUGUUCGUUGUGAUGCUUUGAUGGUUGCCUUUUGCUGUUCGGUGUGAUGCUUUGAUGGCUGUCUUUUGGAGAUGUUUCUACGUGAAGUCCUUUAAAUUCCUAGAGUUGGUUGUACUGAAGUAUUUAAACUUUGAACUAUGAUGUGAUGGUUGUGGACUGUAAGUUUAGAACUAAUGUGAUGGUUGUGGACUGUAAGUUUAUAUUGGACUGACGCUCUUAUUUUAAUCCCUAGAGCUAAUUUGCUAAAAA